CGUUCGCUCCAAGAUUAUGCAACUCAGAAAUCAUUAUGGAGAAUAUUACUGUAUUGAAAGAAUCAACAACAGUUCUGACUUGUCCUAUUCAUGGAGCACCAACACCUGAAUUUAAAUGGUAUAAAGAAACCAGUGAAAAUGAAUGGACACCAAUUUAUCAAUUACAUCAAAAGUAUAAAAAUUCUAAUUAUUCUUCAACUGUCAAGAGAAAGCAAUAUUUAAUCAAAGAGAGUGAUAUGAAUGUAAUGUUAGCUGAUGAUAAAUUAAGAUCUACACAACGAGUAUCUAAUUCAUGUGUACCGAUCGGUUUAAAUGAAUUGGAGAUUUAUCAUGUUGAUGAUAAAUCAACUGGUCUGUAUAAAUGUGAAGCAGUGAAUUAUUUAGGAAAUCAAUCAGCUUUUAUUUAUGUCACUGUUUAUGCUCGUACCAUACCUGUUCACUAUUUACCAAGUUCAAUAACAGCUUUUGCUAAUCAAAGCUUAUCAAUAAUGUGUUCAUUUUACAUUGAUCAAAAUACACUUGCUGAAAUUAAUUGGUUUCAUGGAAGGAAAGAAUCUACUCUUUCAGGUGAAAAAUAUAAGAAAAAUAAUAAUACCAUGAUGAUUGAUGAAACUACCAAAGAGAAUACAAAAGUAAUUACAAAUUACAAUAUUGUCAAGUCUGUACCAAUAGAUCCAGUUAUUACUUAUUUCUCACGUGAUAUUCCACAAAAACACAAACCGCCGAUAGGAUUAAAAGAGUACGGUUCGAUUUUACACGUUAACAAUGUUGAUGUAUUACAUCAAGGAUUUUAUGUUUGUGAAAUCCUAUCACUUGGUGGUAAUUACACUCUUAAAACUGAAUUAAAAGUUGUUUCGCUCCCGACAACACCGACUGAUCUGUCUGUUACCAAUGGAUUUGAAACUAGUAACUAUGAUAAUAAUAACAAUGAUAUUCAUGACAUCGGAGUUCAACUGUCAUGGAGACAGCCACAAGCAAAACAUCAGCUGAAAAUAACUCACUAUGCAAUUUUUAUUCAUAAAUUACCCAAUCAACAUAGUUUGGGAAAACAAAAUUGUGAAAUAAUCACGGAUGAAGAAUGGGAACUAUUCAGUGUCAUAAAUUUAAAUGAAACUAUUAGAAAUCCAAUAAAUGAUCGUUGUAUGUAUACAAUAUAUAAUGUGUCAAUAAUCCUUCAGUCUGGUUCAUAUUGUAUCAGUCUAUCUUCAGUAAAUUAUCUUGGAUGGAGUAAAAAAUCUAAUUCUGUUUUUUAUUCAAUGUCACAUUUAUCUAAUACAUUAAGUGAAGUUAUUGUGAAACUGUAUUUAAUAAACGUUACAAGCACAUCUAUUCAUGUUCUUUGGGCAGCAGCAUUGCAAACCAAUAAAUUAUCAUUAUCCUUAGUUAAAGAAUAUCAGUUGUAUUAUUGGAUUGAGAAUAGUGAUUUUGUGGAAGUGAAAAAAUGUUCUAAUAUAAACAGUUUUAUACAACAAAAUGAGUUGACCAAUUUAAAACCAUCGACAAGAUAUCAUUUAAAAAUUUCAGCAUGUAAUGAUUACGAAUGUGGAACAUUUUCUGAAGUUCUUCAAGUUCAAACUCUUCCACAUGAAUUAUUUAAAACACCGUCACUCAUAUCUGUUACUGUACAUCAAGCAAAUAAAGUGAAAAUAUCAUUUCUCAGUGACUAUAUAGAUAGAGAUGAUUACUACACCGAACAAAUGAAAGGUUAUUUAGUUAAAUUAUCUUGCAUUGAUCCACCUGGUUGUUCCGACUUGCAAGUGUAUCUACCAUUAGAAUGUGUCACGGAUGCUGAAACGUUUUCUGAUGAACACUUUAAUGUUAACCGCGAAAACAUAAUUAGCAGUCAGCGUUGUAAUGAAUUAAACCUUUUCGAAAACUCCACAGUUUUGUUCAGUGCAAAUGUGAAUAGAAGUAACCAUCAGAUUUCAAUUACUUUGAAUUCACUUAGUCCAUAUACUUUAUACGAAUUGUUUAUUGCUUAUGUAUAUAUAAACCGAGUUGGUCCGUUCAGUAAACCAGCCGAGGUGUUUCGUACAACUGAAGAUGUUCCUUCGCGAAUUAUCAAUUUAAUGGUUAAUACUGAUGGUAGAGAUGGUCUUAUUGUUGAAUGGGAUGCACCAGAAAAACCAAAUGGAAAAAUAUUACAAUAUAUCCUACAUUAUACUGAGAUUAAACCUAUUGAUUCAUUAAUUGACAUUCACCAUCAAUAUGAUCAUGUAGAAGGUGAAUAUAAUACAACAGUGAAUUAUAUGAAUCAAAGAAUUAACCAAAACAGUAGUUAUGAUAAUUAUAUUAACUAUUGGAAUGAACAAUCAAUUCAUCAAUAUCCAAUAAUAGACCACUUACAAUCAGCUUAUACAAAAGAUUCUAAUAUUAUCCAUUCUAUACAAACUAGAACUUAUGACAAUAGAAAGUAUGCUGGCUAUUAUAGUUUAAACAGAACAAUUAAUCGUGUACAUAUUAAAUCAUUAAUUCAUAAACAUAUUUAUCAAAUAAGAAUGUUUGCAUUGAAUGCAGCUGGAUUAAGUCCAGUUAGUUUACAAUUAGGCAUUACAUCAUUAUUACCAACAUUGAAAUACAAACAUCAGUAUACCGAACAAAGCUUUAUACAAUGGAUUAAUUUAAUACAUUCAAGUAAACAUCAAGAGAAAACAUUUAAGUGGUUAAAUAAUACUCGGAUACAGUUUGUCAGUGAGCCAAUUAUUUCAAAGAUUAAUGCUCAUAAUGCAGAAUUUUCAAUUGAAUUCAAUUUAAAAGUAGAUGGAAAUAUUUCUCAAUCCAACCAAUCUACUCCAGUUGUAGGCGAUUUUUCACGAAUAAUAAAAUUAAUUGAAAAGUGUAAAUGGCCAAUAAAAAUACAAAAAAUUCCUUUGAAUGGUUAUCAAGCUUUAAACGGAAAUGAUCAUAUAAACUCUUUGAAUUGGAGAAUAAUCACGGCAUAUAAAUAUACUACUAGUCCAUCAUUGACAUUAUCAUUAACAGAAUCGACUAAAUUCAAUGUUAAUGAAGGAGUACAAUUGACGUUAUCAUUUAAAUUAUUUAAUUUAUCCAGUUAUAAUUAUUAUCGAAUUGAAGUUUGGCAACCGAUCGGUUUACUUUUUGGUAAUUAUAAACAGAUAGCUAACAAAAUUCUAUAUCAUUCAAAUGUAUCUAAAUGGUUUAAAAUUGAAUGUGAACCGCCAUCAGUGUCGCCAUCAUUAGUAUCUACUCAUAUGUUGGAUUUAGAUCAAAUCAAAAUUAUAUGGCAGCCUCUUUCUUCGGAGGAGUGGAAUGGAAUACCUGGUGGGUAUUUAAUUACGAUUCAGGAAGCUGAAAGAGAAAAACAUACACACAGUUUAAUAACAACUUAUCCAAAUCACGAUCACAUGUAUAAUGCAAAUGAAACAGUCAAAAUUCAAAUUAUUCAAAGCAAGUGCGGUUUAGAUUAUUUACAAAUAUUUAUUAACGAUAGCACGGCUUUCUCAUAUAUCACUGGAGAUUUGAAAUUUGAUAGUGAUUACAUAAUAAGUAUUCGUGCUGCAAGUGUAGAAAUCGGAAAUUCUGACAAAUGGUUAUUGGGUCCACAAACUGUUAUUCAACAUUUGUCAGUUUCCAAACAAGCAAAAGAUAAUGAAGUCAUAAGAUUUUUAACGUCGAUGAGAACGUCAAAAUUUAUUCCAUACAAUCUUAAUGUUUCACGUGAACUAGAUUGGGUAGUUGUGAGUUGGAAAGAGAAUAUCAAAGUAGAUUGCGGACAAUUACCAGAAGGUUACCAACUAAUCUUCAAUAAAGUAUGGUUUAAUGAAAAUACAAAUGAAACAUUACAGAAUGAUGGUGAGGAUGAUGAUGAUGAUGUCAACUAUUUGAAAUUUAUUCCAUUCAAUCAUACAAAUUUAAAUCGUAAUAAAAUUUUACAAUCUAGUAAUUCAUUUUAUGAAAAUAUUUUGAAACUUCCAUUGAAAAUAUUUUUUAAUUCAAAUGAAGCGUGUUCUUUUAAUGGAUAUUUAAGAUUUCGAUUAUAUAUAAUUGGUCAGUCAAUUAAUAAAGAUACUGAACAGGCUACAAUUUAUGUGAACCUUAAAGAAGAGAAACUAAGACACCGUUUAUUACUGCGUAAAAUAAUCCCAUUGUCAAAACAGAAAAAAGCACGUGUAUUGAUUACUUGGAUACCAAACAUUAUUAAUGAUAAACCAUUGUUUCCUCAUACAGAUAUAUUCACUUUACAAUGGACAAGAAUUGAUCCUAUAUCAUAUGAAAAUUUGAGUUUACCAUUCACACGAUUAAUCAGUUGGCCAGAUGUGAAUAAUCAUAUCUUGAUGAAGUCAAUUGAAAAAGCAUCAAUGAAACAAAAAUAUUCAGAAUAUUUGAUUACUGUUGAUGAACUGUUAAUGGAAGCAACAUAUUUAUUUCAACUAAUCGAAACAAACUUCAGUCAACCGAUAAAUAUUUCCGUAAACGAUGAAAAAAUGUGUUCAAGUAAAUCAGAAUUAUUGGUUUAUGUAACAACCGUUGAAAGCUUUCAAACAAGACCACGACAACGUCCAGUAACGCCCAAAAUACAAAUAUCACAGAGUAGUAUCACACAAGAACAGAAUAAAUAUACAAUUUGUCCUAUCACCACAGCUCAUUUAUCUUGGCCUAAUUAUUUACGUCAGUUACAAUCAAAUCAAACGACUGAAUACAGUUCCGGAUUUCUGUAUUCAUCUCCAGUCACAAAUUAUACUUUACAGUAUGCAGAAGUAAUGAAUAAUAGUUUUAGUGAAGAUAUUUAUAGUAAGAAUUCAAAUAGUUAUGGUUCUGUUAACUGGAAGACGUAUCAACCAGCACCACAGAGUGAUGAAGUGAAUGAUUUCUUAGUAGAUGGGUAG